CAGACACUAUCAUCCUCACUCUUCCCCACCCUCAAAACAAAACAACAUAACAAAAGAAACAAUGGGCUCCAGCGACCCCAAACCCAAGGUUCUCCUCCUGGGAGACAUCAUCCACGCCCACACCACCUGGUCGUCCCUUUCCACCAUCGCCGACCUAAUCCGCCCCACAGCCACCAACCGCACCGACUUCAUCCAAGAAUGUCAAUCGGGCCAAUUCGACGGCGUCGUAGCCGCCUACCGCACCUUCGACUCCGUCAAAAUCACCGGUCUAUUCGAUGAGGAACUCGUCAAUGUAUUGCCUAAGUCGUUGGUGUUUUUGGCGCAUUGCGGAGCCGGCUACGACCAAAUCGACCCGCACGCAUGUACCGCCCGGUCCCCCCCAAUCCGCAUCUCCAACGUCCCGACGGCCGUCGACGACGCCACCGCCGACGUCAACAUGUUCCUGAUCCUGGGAGCACUCCGAAACUUCAACUACGGGAUGCAUGCUCUCCGGGAAGGUAACUGGCGAGGCAAGCCCGCCCCUGUACUGGGCCAUGAUCCCCAGGGAAAAGUCCUGGGUAUCUUAGGUAUGGGUGGUAUUGGACGCAACUUGAAGAAGAAGGCCGAGGCGUUCGGGAUGAAGGUGAUUUAUCAUAAUCGACGGGAAUUGAGUGAGGAGUUGGCCGAUGGGGCUAAGUAUGUGGGGUUUGAGGAGUUGUUGGCGCAGAGUGAUGUGGUUAGUUUGAAUUUGCCGUUGAAUAAACAUACCCGGCAUAUUAUCAGCACGGCAGAGUUCGAGAAGAUGAAGGAUGGGGUGGUGAUUGUCAAUACCGCGCGCGGGGCGGUCAUGGAUGAGGCGGCGCUGGUACAGGCUCUUGAUAGUGGGAAGGUGUAUUCGGCCGGUCUGGAUGUUUUUGAGGAGGAGCCGAAGGUGCAUCCUGGGUUGGUGAGCAAUCCUAAGGUGCUUCUGGUGCCGCAUAUGGGGACUUGGACGGUUGAGACGCAAACCUCCAUGGAAGAGUGGGCGAUUGAGAAUGUCCGGUUGGCGCUGGAGACGGGCAAGCUGAAGAGCCCCGUGCCCGAGCAGGCAGAUCUAUGAGCUUGCAGGAGACAGCUGUACAUACGCUAGACUAUGAUAGACUCCCAUGAGGGAUAUAUACAGGGUUUGUUGUUCAUUAA